AUGAAAUCUUGUAGUGAUAGUGUAUUUUCGCGAUACGCGACUGCAUUUCUUCGGUGUGUGCUCUCUGAAGUGAAAAGAGACAAAAUGAACGGUCUAAAUGGACACAGCAAUGGGGACUCCAACAGUGCAGGAGACAUCAUCACUCAGAACCAGCAACGUGGAUGGUGGACCAUCGGUCUGAUCAACUCCCGCUACCGGUACCUCACUGCAGAGACCUUCGGCUUUAAGAUCAACGCCAAUGGUACCAGCCUGAAGAAGAAACAGAUAUGGACCCUGGAACCUGCCUCCGGAAACGCUAACGACAGCAUGAUCUACUUGAGAUCGCACUUGGACAAGUACUUGGCCGUGGAUUCCUUCGGCAACGUCACCUGCGAGUCGGAGGAGAAGGAGCCGGGCAGCAAAUUCCAAAUCAGUGUUUCCGAAGACGGCUCUGGUCGCUGGGCGCUGCGCAACGUGGAACGCGGCUACUUCUUGGGCUCCAGCUCGGACAAGCUGACCUGCACCGCCAAAGUGCCCGGCGAUGCUGAGCUCUGGCACGUACACCUCGCUGCCAGGCCACAGGUGAACCUUCGUUCAAUCGGUCGCAAGCGGUUCGCCCACCUGUCCGAGACCCUGGAUGAAAUCCACGUUGACGCCAACGUACCGUGGGGGGAGGACACGCUCUUCACCCUCGAGUUCAGGGCUGAUGAGGGCGGAAAGUACGCUCUGCACACCUGCAACAAUAAGUACUUGAGCGCUGGUGGUAAGCUCUUCGACACGUGCACAUCAGAGUGCCUCUUCAGUGCAGAGUACCACGCGGGAGCCCUAGCGCUCCGAGACAGCUCUGGUGCCUACUUGGCGCCCAUAGGAUCGAAAGCAGUGUUGAAGACCAGGUCCACAGCCGUCACUCGCGAUGAACUCUUCUCUCUAGAAGACAGCCUGCCCCAAGCCGCUUUUGUAGCUGGAUUGAAUGAGAAAUACGUCUCUGUAAAACAAGGUGUAGACGUAACAGCAAACCAGGACGAGAUCUCGUCCCAUGAGACCUUCCAGCUGGAGUUCGACUGGGGCACGCGCCGCUGGUACAUACGCACCAUGCAGGACCGCUACUGGACCUUGGAGACUGGGGGAGGCAUCCAGGCCAGUGGGGAUAACAAGUCGUCAAACGCUCUGUUCGAGCUGGACUGGCAGGGCGACGGCGCCGUGGCCUUCCGCGCCAACAACGGCAAGUACCUCAUGACCAAGCGCUCGGGACACCUGUACGCCAACUCCGACACCAUCGACGACAACUGCAAAUAUUACUUCUAUCUCAUUAACAGACCGAUCCUGGUGCUGAAGUGCGAGCAAGGGUUCGUGGGGCCGAAGGGCACUAAGCUGGAGUGCAACAAGGCCAACUACGAGACCAUCCAGGUGGUGCGCGGCCCCAAGGGAGCCGUUUACUUCAAAGGUUCGAACGGCAAGUACUGGCACGCGGACAGCGAGAGCGUGACGUGCGACGCGGACAGCCCGCAGCCCUUCCACCUGGAGCUGCGCGAGCCCACGCGCCUCGCCAUCCGCGCCGCCGCGCCGCCCGCCUACCUCGCCGCCGCCAAGAACGGCAACUUCCGCCUCGCCGGCGCCGACCUCGCGCUCGCCACGCACUGGGAGUAC